AUGCUCCGAUUGCCCCUGGUGCUGGUUUGGUCCCUAUGGGCCAGCCUGACUGUGGCCGAAAAUGGCCUCAAUGGCUGGCUGCGUUACGCUCCUAUCCCGUGUGAUGGGCGCUGUCACAAGGCACUACCCUCGCGCAUUGUCGCCUUGAACAGCACGCAAGGAAGCCCGUUGGAGACUGCCAUUGAGGAACUCCAGACUGGUGUCCGUGGGAUGACAGGGAAACGUCUCUCCGUCGCCAAAGAAAACAAUUGCAAUCUCCAUGCUACCGCCCUUAUUGCAACCGUCGAAGAGUACCGCCGAACAUGCCGGAACAGCUCUGAUAUCCCUGAUCUCGAUGUGGAUGGCUUCUGGCUGCGUACGGAAGGAAACAACGUUCAGAUUCUGGGACAGAGCGAACGGGGAGCUCUCUACGGGGCGUUUGAAUACCUUUCAAUGCUGGCGCAGGGCGACUUCUCUUCGGUGGACUACUCUACAAGCCCCCAUGCGCCCGUCCGCUGGGUCAACCAGUGGGACAACAUGGAUGGCAGCAUUGAGCGUGGCUAUGCAGGACCGUCCAUUUUCUUCGCACAAGGCCAAAUCGUCCCAGACCUCUCGCGCGCAAAGCAGUAUGCUCGACUCCUCGCCUCCGUUCGCAUCAACGGCAUUAUCGUGAACAAUGUGAACGCCAACGCAACGCUGCUGACGCCCCAGAACAUGGAUGGACUGGCUCGUAUUGCAAAUGUGUUCCGACCCUACGGUAUUCGGAUCGGUAUCGCAUUGAAUUUUGCAUCGCCGGAUACACUCGGUGGUCUGGGCACCUAUGACCCUCUCGAUCCGUCAGUCAUCAGCUGGUGGGGGAAUAUCACGGACAGCCUGUACGAGCGCAUCCCUGAUAUGGCCGGAUAUCUGGUCAAGGCCAGCUCGGAAGGCCAGCCUGGUCCCGAUACAUACAACCGGACUCUCGCUGACGGAGCCAAUCUGUUUGCCCGCGCGCUCAAACCCCACGGAGGCGUGAUGAUGUUCCGGGCCUUUGUCUACGAUCACCACAUUAAUGAGUCUAUCUGGACCAACGACCGGGCCAAUGCGCAGGUGGACUUCUUCAAAAAAUUGGACGGCCAGUUCGAGGACAAUGUCAUCGUGCAGAUUAAAUAUGGACCUAUCGACUUCCAAGUGCGCGAACCAGUGUCACCCUUGUUCGCCAAUCUCUAUCACACCAACACCGCCAUCGAGCUGCAGGUCACUCAAGAGUACCUGGGUCAACAGUGCCAUCUGGUCUAUCUGCCUCCUCUGUGGAAGACGAUCACAGACUUUGAUCUGCGAGUUGACCACAGUCCCUCCGUGGUUCGCGACAUCAUCUCUGGAGAACGAUUCAACCGUCCUCUCGGAGGCUGGGCUGCUGUGGUGAAUGUGGGCACGAACGACACCUGGCUUGGCAGCCAUCUCUCUAUGUCGAAUCUUUACGCCUAUGGCCGCAUGGCGUGGAGUCCCACGGACGACUCGGUCGAGAUCCUCCAGGACUGGAUCCGGCUGACAUUCGGACGGGACCAGCAUGUGCUGGACACCAUCACUGACAUGUCCAUGGCCUCAUGGCCCGCAUACGAGAACUACACCGGGAACCUCGGGAUUCAAACGCUGACCGACAUCCUCUACACGCACUACGGACCCAACCCUGCCUCGCAGGAUGGCAACGGAUGGGGACAAUGGACGCGUGCCGACCACGACUCGAUCGGCAUGGACCGCACCGUGAAGAAUGGAACUGGAAAUGCGGGCCAGUAUCCAGCAGAAAUCGCCGAGAUAUACGAGGACAUUGACAAAACACCCGACGACCUGCUUCUGUGGUUCCAUCAUGUCCCUUACACCCACCGCCUGGACUCGGGCAAGACGGUCAUCCAGCACUUCUAUGACGCUCAUUAUGCCGGGGCCGAGACCGCGCAGGGAUUCGUGCCCCAGUGGGAAAGCCUUCGCGGACGCAUUGACCCGGAACGAUACGACGCGAUGCGAACCCGACUAGUCUACCAGGCUGGACAUUCCAUUGUGUGGCGUGACGCCAUCAACAACUUCUACUGGAACCUGUCGGGGAUUGCAGAUACCAAUGGGCGGGUAGGCCACCACCCCUGGCGUGUCGAGGCGGAGUCCAUGCAGCUCCAGGGAUACCAGCCAUAUGCAGUCAGCCCCUUCGAGACCGCUUCGAAUUACACUGCCGUCGUCACGACAUCGAAUUCCACCACCGGGACUGCAUCCACUACGCUGGACUUCCCGUCGGGUACUUACGAUGUCGGCGUGAACUAUUUCGACAUGUACGGCGGAAAGUCGCGGUGGAGUUUGUAUCUGAACGACAAGGUUGUCGGCAAGUGGGAAGGGAACAGCGAGGAUGUCUUGGGCCACACUCCGUCCAUCUAUUUGGAUGGACACUCGGCCAUCCGCAUUACCUUCAACGGGGUUAAGGUACGCAAGGGCGACAGGCUGAAGAUUGUGGGUGUCCCUGACGGUGUUGAGCCGGCGCCGUUGGACUAUGUGGUGUUUCUGCCACAGGGGGUUAUCGAUUAA